UUCCAGAAGGAUAACGUCUUCUAAUCAUGUAGCCAGAACACCUUAACAAGUUAAAAUGCUAAACAACGAAUUCCAUAAAAGGAUAUCCAGCAAUGUACCUUGCAGCUUUACAAAUAGAUAUAAAGAAACUUAUUUAUUUAUUUUAAUAUUAGUGAUUUCAAGGACAAUUAGAGUGGUUUCAUGCAACAAACCCCCCAGAUUUAUGAUAGAUGGACAAACUGAAAUCGUUUUAAGACUGAAAGAGGGCGAAGAGACUCCUAUAGGCACUCUACUCUAUAAGCUCAAAGGUUACGAUCCAGAUGGCGAUACACUAAAAUUCGGCAUAAAACCCACUAUGGACAAUGACGUCAUUGUCGUUAAAAGCAUUUCAAAUACCGAAGCCAAUGUGUAUUUAAAUAAAAUUCUUGAUAGAGAAGAAAGAGACGAGUAUGCCUUGGUUCUCACACUUACCGAUGGCAACCUUGGCCAAGGGAACUACGUCACUCAAAGCCUCCUUAUAUUGGUGGAGGACGUGAACGAUAAUGUGCCAAUUUUCAAGAGCCAUUCUAGCUCUAUUUUACUUAGAGAAGAUGCACCCAAUGGUAUAAUUGCACAACUUGAAGCAACUGAUGCAGACGAGGGACCUUAUGGACAAGUGGUCUAUUAUCCAGCUCCAGAUUUAGAAAGAAACCUUUUUAGUAUUACUACUGUUGGAGAUAAGGCAAUAGUUAAACUUAUAGGAAAACUAGAUUAUGAGAAACAAACAGUACAUCAAAUCAAGGUUCUAGCAAUAGAUAGGGCUAAGGAGGGUAAAAUUAAUACGGGAACUGCGGUGAUUUUAGUAAAAGUCCAAGAUGUUGAAGAUAGGCCUCCGGAAUUUGUUCAAGUUACUCCUAUUACUCGAAUUGUUGAAAAUGUGCCAGUGAGAACUACUGUUUUACAAGUUGUUGCUGUUGACGGAGAUAGAGGUAUAGAUAACAAAAUACAAUACUCACUAUCAUCAAAUAACUUCGAAAAUAUCCAGGAUAUAUUCGAAAUUCAGAAAUUGACCGGAAGAAUUGUUACAACGUCAGAGUUGGACCGUGAAGCGCUUCCUAUAGGAUCAAAUUCUUACAUUCUACAAAUUACUGCAACAGAACUUGGUAGUAAAGAAAAACCUCCUCCAAAAGCAUCCACUGAAGUCACCGUGAUAAUCUCCGAUGAAAAUGACGAAAUUCCUACAUUUAAAAGUGAAUUUUAUGAAUGUGAGAUUGGAGAGAAUGCCCCUAUAAAUACCCCUUUAAACUUUAUUGGUGAUGGAAUCCCCGAAGUAUAUGAUUAUGAUCAGGGUAUAAACGGCACAUUUGAACUCUACAUCAGAAACGGACAAAAUAUAUUUGAAAUUAACCCAAAAAGGGCCACCAAUGAAGCACCGUUUACCAUCAAAGUGAAAAACAGUACUGCCCUAGACUAUGAACGUAUCAAAAGUCUUAAUUUUACUUUGGUGGCUAAAGAGGUGGUGAAGCAUAAUCCAAAAUUUAGCGAAGUACCUGUAAAAGUCUAUAUCCAGGAUCGCAAUGAUAAUUAUCCGGAGUUUGUAAAAAACUCUUAUGAAGUAUGGGUGCCGGAAAAUUGCGAUGUUGGCACCACCGUAGCAUGGGUUCAGGCAUUAGAUGAUGAUUCUGGUGUUUAUGGAACUAUGGGGGUCAGAUAUACGAAUAUUGCUGGAAGUAUUUCUAAUUUGUUAAAUCUUCAUCCAGUAUCAGGAAUAAUCACAGUAAAAACAGCCGGAGGGCCUUCGUGGGACCGAGAACAAAUUUCCAAGCAUUUUCUCACAAUAGAAGCCAGGGACGAUUUGGGAAAUGGCAAUCGGAAUUCGGUCCAGUUGACCAUCAAUUUAGAAGAUAAGAAUGAUAAUAGCCCGGUGUUUCUGCUUAAAAAAUAUGAAGCAAGAUUACUGGAGAAUGAAAUGGAUUUUCAUAAUUUAUUGAAAGUUGAAGCAAGAGAUGCUGAUUUAAAUGGUACAAAAAAUAGUGAAAUUUCGUAUUCCCUUUCCGGGGAGCUUCAUGAAAACUUUACCAUCGAUCCCGAAACAGGAAUUGUUAAACCAUUAAGCCCCAUAGAUUUUGAAUUUAUCGAAGGACCAGAAGAAGAAAACGUUAGAAUUCUCUAUUUGACUGUCCGGGCCACUGAUUGGGGAGAACCGAGUCUAUUUAGUGAAGUUCCGCUACUAAUUUAUGUUGAAGAUGUGAACGACAAUCCUCCAGUUUUUGAACAGUUAUAUUAUAAUAUUAGCAUCUCUGAAAGUACUGAGUCUGGUACAGAUAUUAUACAGGUCAAAGCUAUUGAUUUGGAUGGUUCAAUACCCUACAACCAUUUGGUUUAUAGGAUUCAAAAAGGAGCAUACGAUAAGUUUAUUAUUGAUUCGGAAACAGGAGUUAUUUCUGUGGCCUAUGGAGCAAAACUAGAUCCAGACCAAACACAGCCGCGAAAGACCAAAUACACCCUAAUAAUACUCGCAUUAGACGGAGGCCAAGGAGAAAAUCAACUCCAUGCAGCUGUAACUGUGGAAAUAUUUAUCUUUGACGUCAAUAAUAAAAAUCCCCAAUUUAUGGAUGUUUUUGAUCUAACUGUACCUGAAAAUACUGCGGUCGGAACCUCAAUAACACAACUUAAGGCAACAGACUUAGACCAAACUGCAAACCUCACCUACCAACUUGACAAUGAAAACUGUCAAGCUAUCAACGAAAGAGCUAUCGUUCAAAAUGUUAACUGCACUAGUUAUUUUUUAAUCAAUCCUUAUAAUGGGGUUUUAUUUAUUGCUAAACAGAUUGACAGGGAACAAAUUGAGGAAUUCCUUAUAGGAGUUAUCGUUAGAGAUGUUAAUUCUGAAACAGAAAUACAAGAGGAUAGAGCAACUUUAAAAAUUCGCAUCCAAGACGUCAACGACAACAGUCCAAAGUUUUUCAAGCCAUUUUAUAAAUUUGCUGUACAAGAAAACAGUAAAAAUGGCAUUUUUAUCGGCACAGUUAAGGCAGAAGAUCCCGAUAAAAAUAAAACGGUGUCUUAUCAAAUGGAUAAGCGCUCUAAUUAUUUCCAGUUGGUACAUGUUGGUAAUGAUAGUGGGGAUAUUGUGGUAGCUAGCAGGAUUGACAGGGAAAUGGUGGAAUGGUUAAAUUUUACGAUUAAAGCUAUAGAUGCAGGUCUUCCAAGCAAAUCAUCAUUUGUAGAAGUUUUUAUUCAAAUCCUGGACGAAAACGAUAAUAGUCCAAUAUUUAGUAAGGAGCCAAGUUCGUUAAUUAUUCCUGAAAAUAUUCAGCCUGGUACCAAAAUUGCAAUAAUAAACGCCACAGACGAAGAUUCAGGAGAAUUUGGAAAAAUAACUUAUAUACUUGACCCGAUAUCUUCUCAUAGAAAGUUUUCCAUUGAAAGUGAUACCGGUAUCUUAAGAGUAGCAGAGUAUUUGGAUAGGGAAGAAAAGGAGAAUUAUUUUUUAAUUAUCGAAGCGUGGGAUAAUUAUCAGUAUGGAUUUAAUAAUGGCGACAGUAGAAAUUCUUUUAAGCAUCUAAACGUAACACUUCGAGAUGUAAACGACAACAAACCAGAUCUAAUAGUGGACAAGACCUGCAUUAAUAUUACAGAAUUUCAUGAAGCUGGCCAACCGAUAACGAUCAUAAGAUCUUCCGAUAAGGAUGAUCCAGAAACCUUAAAUGGACAAGUAAGUAAUUUUCCUGAAAAAAAUCAUAUUUGGUUUAACACGAUAUUGCAGGUAAUAAUAGAUAUCGCAGAUGGCAACCAGGACAAUUUAUUCGAAGUUUACCAAAUAAGUGAGUGGUCCGUCCAAAUCAAAACUACAAAAUCGCUCAGGGGAAAACAUGGCAACUACAGCCUGGUGAUCCGAGCUCAAGAUCUAGGAACCCCUAGUUUUUUAGUCGAAGAAUUACUUCAUGUUUGCGUUAUGGAUUAUAACGAUCAUCCUCCUGUAUUUGUGUCACCUCCGCAUAAUUCUACUCUAAGAGUACCAGAAAAUGCCACGGUGGGCAGUUCCUUAGUUCAAAUAAUAGCCACAGAUGAAGACACCGGUCUUAAUGGGGCGGUCAGGUAUAGAUUAAAGUCGGAUCCAGCGGGUCAUUGGAAAACUUUUAAUUUGCAACCAGUGUCUGGCAUUUUGGAACUGAGGUUACCGUUGAAUAGGAAAAAACAGAAAAUUUAUGAUAUUCGCAUUGAGGCAUAUGAUUUGGGAAACCCAACGUCAUUAAGCUCUGAUCUUGAUUUAACGGUGUACGUUCGUGAUAUUAAUGAUUAUCAACCACAGUUUAUGCAAGAUGAGUUUGUUGUUGAAUUUACUGAAAAUAAACAGCCUGGCCUGGAAAUCAAAAAACUCCCAGAUACAAUCGACCGUGAUGAAUUUGAUUAUACCUCCACACCUUCCCCAAUUUGUUAUUUUUUAGUGGGAGGAAAUGAAAACGGUUUAUUUAAUCUACAUCCGUUAGAGCACACUUUGCAAAUAACAAAGCCGUUGGAUCGUGAAGAGAUGGAUAAACAUCUUCUCUUAGUGAAAGCUACUGAGGAUUGCUCUUACCCGCCAGAACCCAGGAACUUUUUUGAUUCAGAUGAUGAUACUCAACUAAAAGUGGUAGUUAAGGUUCUAGAUGUCAAUGAUAAUCCUCCUAGGUUUGUCAGAAGAGUGUUUACAGGUGGCGUCAGUACUGCCACUGUUUUUGGUACAAAAUUCAUGUCGGUUAAAGCAGAAGAUCCGGACUAUGGAAAAAAUGCUUUGGUGUAUUAUUAUAUUAUUGGGAAUGUACAAAUGACUUUAACUGAAGGAUUAGACCAUCUGAGUCGUCCUCCUUUCCUGAUAGAACCAGAUACUGGAGAAGUGCAACUAAACUUUGAUCCUCAACAAGGAAUGAAAGGCUAUUUCGACUUUAUGGUACUGGCAAAUGACACUGGAGGCCUCGAAGACACCGCCAGAGUUUUCAUUUAUUUAUUGAGGGAGGACCAGAGGGUGAGAUUUGUUCUUAGACAGCACGCUCCAGAUCUAAGAGAUAAAAUCGAGGUCUUUAGAGAUAUUUUAGGUAAUGUGACAGGGGCUAUAGUAAAUAUAGACGAAUUUAGAAUUCAUGCAAACCAUGAUGGAACAGUUGAUAAAACUAGAACGGACUUGUAUUUGCACUUGGUGGAUCGAAAAGAUAAUUCUAUAUUAGAAGUUGCAGAUGUUCUGAGGCUUAUCGAUCAGAAUACUGAAAAACUAGAUGAUCUUUUCAAGGACUUCAAUGUGUUGGAUACACAACCAGGAGAAAGACUGGUGCUUCAAUCAAAACUGGAAACCGCUGGAACAACUUUUUGGCUCAGCGCUUCAUCUUUGUUUCUUUUUCUGAUGCUUUUGCUUGUACUGAUUCUGUUUGCUACUCAGAGGCAUGCGUAUCAGAGAAAACUUAAGGCUGCCACCGCUACUGCUUAUGUUAGGGCAGAUUCUGAGAUUGAUGGACGAAAUCUGAGCAUUCUAAGCGGAAGAGUACCAAACACCAAUAAGCACAGCAUGGAGGGAAGCAACCCAAUUUGGUUAAAAGCUUACGAAAAUGAAUGGUUUAAAGGACAAGAUAAUUUAAGUACUACUUCUGAUCGUGACUCUCUGGACGAAAAUGCGGUGUGCGAGGGUGAGUCCACGGUCUCAAUAGAGCAGAUGCACCAGCCAAACAACGAGGAUUUUCAUAAUGAGAAUUUGGUCAACGAUUUUUUCACUGCCAGACAGAAUUUGUAUCAUACGUUGCCGCUCCCAGUGCCACAACCGAGGAAAAUGGAAACUACGGAAUUAUGAUAUUUAUUAAAGACGUUAUGGAGAGACUGGGGAAAGAGUAAGGUUAAGCCAAUGUAUAGAAAUAAGUAAAAAUAAGAAUAAGUAACUCAUAGAGUUUUUUAAUAAUUUUUAAUUAUGCCUCAAUUGAUUGUAAGUAUUUGUCUUAGUUCAGGACAAGUAAUUUAAAGUCUGACUUUUUUCCACUUUGUAUAGAUAUAAUUUUACCUAAAAUAGAUAAAUAAAGAGAUUUGAGAACUC